AUGUGCAAACAAAUAAUACGUCAAUUAUUUUCUUCUAAAUGUCAAUUAACUUGUCUUCGACUUAAUAUGAUAAAUGAUAGUUCGGAUUAUCGAAUACAUGAAUCUUUUUCACCAUAUUAUGAUAUUUAUUCAAGUGAAAUUGAUAAUCAACUUAAUACGAAUUGUAUGACACUUCGUUAUUUAUAUAUUAAAAUUGUAUUUGGUUAUUUUAUUGAAUAUGUUAUUGAACAUGUACCUGCUCUUGAAAUUCUUUCAAUUACAUUCAAAUAUUCAUUGAUUAGAGAAUUUUUACAUCAAAUGAGGAUGAUACAAUUUGUACCAACGAUAUCUAAUUGGAAUGAUAAGGUAAAGUAG